GAAAUGCUUGAUUUCGAGUUCUAAAUACAGUACAUUCGUUCGUGCUCGUCUAGUAGUUCUUGAUCCACUUACGCUGUUUCUUGGAUAAUUAGUUCAUUCAAUGAUUCUAACACUUCUAAUUAUCAUAUGUGCACAUUGCAACUAGGUGUUCUCCGGUGUGGCAUAGUGAUCGUAGCUGUAAUCCAGAAACCCUACUACCGUGAAACAAACGGAAUCAUUCAAAUCACGGGACAUAUUCACAGACAACUACCAACUGACUAGAAUUAUACUGUCGAGUAACUAGACUUCCAGUUCAUGGACACUACCAAACACCUGGAACCGUGCAGAAAGAACUAGAAUCGAGUGCAUAAAAAUCAGAUGAUUUAUACUAUAUCUUGAAUAAGUACAUUGGAUAUUGAACAGACAAAUAUUGGAUAUUAGAUUUGUUUAGCGGAGUCGACAGGUAUAUAUUCGCACCGAAGAAGUUGAUAUCGUGAUACGAGUAGUAUGAGAGUUUACAUAAACUUUUUUUCUGGAACGGGUCGCCGGAUAAUUGGAAAGAGGUUCGAUCUCCAACAGAAACCUAUUCCGGAUAGCGAAUCCUGCUAUAGAAAUCAUCGAUAUGAAGAAGACGAUACAAUGAAAAGUUAUUUAAAAGCAGCUGAUCUCAAGCUGGAUAAACUGAUUCUUAUGAAUGAAAACCUAAAAUUGCAAAUGCGAAGUUUACACAAUGAGGUGCAGAAAAUUUUGGACAGAAAUGUGAGUAACAUUAUUCUGAAUAUUACAAUGAUCUUCGUGUGUUAUUCGUAACUUUAUAUGUUCCUUAUACAUCAGUCUCGCGUCAUCCUACUUACUUCUCACUGGUGCAUAUAACAAAAACUUGAUGAAAACGACUCUUUUAUUUGCCCAUGAUUAACUUUAUUUCGCUUUCUUUUUUUUUGCAGAACUGAAACAACAAUUUCUUCGCAAAACGGAAAAAAAUUAAUACUUUACUGAUUGAUGUUAUAUUUUUGUAAAAUUCUGUUAAUAAAUAAAACUGUUUUCCAGCUUU